UCGUACUUGACAAUUUUAUACCGUUGGAUAUAAACUCCAAACAUUCGAUGGUUCAAUCACGAUGAAUUUUGUUAUGUGUUUCAAACAAAAAUAUAUAUAUGAUUGGAUUCGUUAUGCGAAAUACACAUUCACGAUUUCCCAAAAUUAUAAGUAUUUGGUGCACCUGAAUAAUGCACAUGACCUCCCCCGGGAUAUACCUAACUAAACAUUAUUUUUUUUGUCCCAACUAACAUUUGUUUAUUGCGUCGGAUGCUUGACCAACCUUGAAUGUGGAAUGCAUGAAUCCAGAUUCCAGAGUAAAAUAAUCUCAGCUUGCUCUCUGUUUCUUGGUGCAGGCACAAUUAUUUGAGAUUUGACAUCUUGGAACUUGGAGUUCUCUUCCCCCUUCUCAGCGGCUAUAACUAUAACUCCCCAAAAUCUCAGCAUUUACUGCAAACUUAGCUCAAAUGGAAGCAGAGCAAAUCCCUGCAGUAAAACUAAGUUCAGGGCACAAGAUGCCUUUGAUAGGCAUGGGGACGGCCACAAUUCCUAUCCCACCGACUGAUGCCUUAGCCUCGAUUUUUAUCGAUGCCAUCGAGACUGGCUACCGUCAUUUUGACACUGCUGCUGUCUACGGCUCUGAAGAAGCUCUGGGAUUCGCCAUUAAACAGGCAUUAGAGAGAGGCCUCAUAAAGAGUAGGGAAGAGAUGUUCAUUACUUCCAAGCUUGGGUACACUGAUGCACAUCCAGAUCUUGUUCUCCCUGGACUCCAGCGCACACUUGAGAAGCUGGGGCUGGACUAUGUAGAUCUUUAUCUGAUACAUUGGCCGGCAAGACUGAAACAAGGAAGUCCCCGCUUCAAUUUCCCAAAAGAGAACAUACUUCCAUUUGAUGUCACAGGGACAUGGAAGGCUAUGGAAGACUGUUCAAAAUUAGGCUUAGCCAAGUCUAUUGGGGUCAGUAAUUAUGGACACAAAAAACUCGCUCAAACCCUUCAACAUGCUACCGUCUCCCCUGCUGUCAAUCAGGUAGAAAUGAAUGUUGCAUGGCAGCAACAAAAGUUGUUGCGAUUCUGUAAGGAAAAUGGAAUUCAUUUGAGCGCAUGGUCCCCUCUAAGCGCCAACGGCGGUCCUUGGGGUUCACUAGCAGUGAUGGAAAGUCCAAUCCUCAAGGAAAUAGCAGCUGCAAAGCACAAGACUGUAGCUCAGAUUGCUUUAAGAUGGAUAUACGAUCAAGAAGCAAGUGUUAUUGUUAGGAGCUUUAACAAGCAGCGGAUGAAAGAGAAUCUUCAAAUCCUUGACUUCGAACUAAGCCAAGAUGAACUUGAAAAAAUUAAGCAGAUUCCACAGCAAAGGACCGUCUUAGGGGAACGUUGGAUUCAUGAAAAUGGCCCCUACAAGUCAUUGGAGGAACUUUGGGACGGUGAUGUGUGAUUAAUUUGUAUAUCUAGAUCUUGCAAUGUUGAAUUGUUAAUGAUAAGUUCUUCUCAUGUAACAUGAAAAGUGGAGUCAAUAAAAAUUUAAAAUUCGACUAUC